GGAGGCACAAUAGAAGAUGAAAUUGAUGUAGAGAGGGUGGAGAGGAGUCGGCUGAAGGGGUGGUAGAUGCACGCAGCCAAUGACAGUCCAGAAAGGCUGACUCAUGAGCGGUUAGAUGUUCUGUUCACAAAAGGUCCCAAAAGCCAAGGAACUUGCAAAAACAAGUUACUUUUCUCAAAGGAAAGGAAAGGAGAAAGAACAGAAAGCUAUCUUUAUGGCUUACUGUGGUUAACCCUCUCUCAGGAACAACCCUGAUUUUGGGGGGAGGGGGAGAGAGGCCUGACUGAGACCCACAGCAAGACCUUCCCACCUGUGUGAAGGACAGGAGCCAGAGAAGACGCUUUAGUUUGGGCAACAGCACUCUCUCGUCCACUUUAAACUAGACAAAAACAGACCAGCCUCCUCCAUAGUUCAUUAUUUAUGUGCAAGAGCGUUCCAGAGGAUCAUAGAAAAUUGGAGCUGGGCUGUGAAUCAAAGCUCUGGCACGACAAACCAUAAGGAACAGAGGGAUUUUGAAGGAGGGAGGGAAUAUCGACAAGGAGAUUCACGUAGACAGAGGCUGCUGGAAUAUGAAGUCUCUUCCAAAGAACCAGGGACGAACCGACCAGAUUUUGGGCGCUAUGGCGGAUAUGCUGACAUCUCUGGCGAUACCCAAUCAGAAGUGGAACUCAGAGGGUAUUGAGCACCUGAGUGUGACACAGGAACAGAAAACAGGAAAACAACGCCCAUGGGACACAGAGGGACUGAAUUGGGAUGAUAUGUCCCGGGACAGCCUGGAAAGAGUACGAAGAAGAGACAGAGCAAAAUAUUAUUAACAGUGGCUAAACCAAUGGCAUGGGUUUGGGGCUGGACUACCUGUUUGUCUGCCCAAUGGAAGACGCAACCUGUUUGAAAACACUCAUUGAAUGCUUCUCAGUAAUCGGAUGUUUCCUUGUUUCUCCAGCACAUGACCUGGAAAUCCUUGAUCAUGAAGAUGUAGCAUCUAAAAAAAUAAAUAAAUAAAUAAAACAAUCUGAAUAAAAUGUAAUAUUUAAAAUCAUUUUGUCCAAAUGCGCAAUAUUUAAUGCCUGCCUUCAUUUCUAAAUAAAUAAAUACUUAACAGAUGCAUUAUUUUUUCCCUUUUCACAUCUAUAACAACAGUUUUAAGACAUGUUUUACAUUAAGUCAAGUAGGUAAAUCAUACGUACAUACUUCACAUAGUUUAACUGUGCCUUUUGCUUGUUCUUAUUAACCAGACUUUAACAACAACGCCAGUAGGUGGUGACAAGUAGGCUAACUGUGUAUUAUGAGUGACUCACUGAAUCAUUAAAACGAUUCCUUCAAACAAACUGAUUCAUUUAGAAACGAAACAACUGACAUGAGUGAGUCAUUGAAUCGUUCAGUCAACAGAUUCAUUCAAACAUGCAGCUACAUUCUGGAAAUAAACGCCAUGUUGUGGAACAAUCGAUCCUCUUUUUGUUUCGUUCAGUAGGGCCUACUCUUGUUAAUGCAGCCAAACUGGACAUAUUCACUGGCGAUAUUAUGUCUAACAUACUCAUACUCAGCCGCUGGCAGUGAGGGUAGUAUCUCCACCUCGGUGGCCUCUCUGCCGCCCCAGGCUUCGGGCAGUUCAGCCCCAAACUCCCCAGGCUCCCGUCGCUCUGUCAGCACCCUGAAGAAAUGGCUGACCAAUCCAGUGCGAAAGCUGAGCGCCGGGGCGACCGGGACAGCCAAGGGGGAGCGGCAGGUCCGCAGACUGGAGGGCAAACCCCCACCUCCACCUGCCAGGAGCAGCCAAGACCUGGGCAGCCCACAAACAGAGGAGCAGUUCACUAUCCUGCCAGUCAUAGACAAAGACCUGGAGUGGAGAGAUGCCCUGCCUACUUUCGACGACUGUGAUCUAGGUGUCCAGCAGUCCUACAGCUUCCAGUCGGACUCUCCACAGGGAUCUACCACACUAGGACAAACACAGAUCACCCAGUGCACCAGCCUACAGGCUGAUGACAAUGGCUCUGCGUUGAUGGAUGACAACUCCAGCCAAUCAUCAGCCACAAUAGACAGCGAAGAAGAUCGGAAGAGUGCCUUAGAAAAAAGCAUGUAUGUUUUAAAAGAGUUGAUAGAGACAGAAAAGCUGUAUGUAGCUGAUCUAGGACUUAUUGUGGAGGGCUACAUGGCCACGAUGAAUGCAAAAGGAGUUCCAGAGGAUAUGAAGGGAAAAGACAAAAUAGUGUUCGGGAAUAUUCAUCAGAUCUACGACUGGCAUAAAGAUUAUUUCCUGGGUGAGCUGGAGAAAUGUGUGGCUGAGCCUGAACGACUGGCCCAACUUUUUAUCAAACAUGAAAGACGGCUUCACAUGUACGUGGUAUAUUGCCAGAACAAACCUAAGUCUGAGCACAUCGUGUCAGAAUACAUUGAGACCUACUUUGAGGAACUGAAACAGCAGCUGGGUCACAGGCUGCAGCUGAACGACCUGCUCAUCAAACCCGUGCAGAGGAUCAUGAAGUACCAGCUGCUUCUGAAGGAUUUCCUCAAGUACUACACAAAGGCUGGGAUGGACACUGAAGAGCUGGAGAAAGCAGUGGAGGUGAUGUGUUUUGUUCCGAAGCGCUGCAAUGACAUGAUGAACGUGGGUCGGCUGCAAGGCUUUGAGGGGAAGAUCACGGCACAAGGAAAACUUCUCCAGCAAGACACAUUCACAGUUACAGAACAGGACAACAGCAUUCUUUCCCGUGCUAAAGAGAGACGGGUCUUCCUAUUUGAACAGCUUGUCAUCUUCAGUGAGCCAAUAGACAGGAAGAAAGGAUUCUCUAUACCUGGAUAUAUUUUUAAGAACAGUAUUAAGAUAAGUUGUCUGGGCGUGGAGGCAUGUGUAGACGGUGACCCGAAUCGCUUUGCCCUGACGUCUCGGGGGGCUGAUGGCAGCACGGUGCAAUUUGUCUUGCACUCUUUAUCGCAGGACAUCUGCAAGGCUUGGAUCAGUGACGUGAGCCAAAUACUGGAGACCCAACGUAAUUUCCUAAAUGCCCUGCAGUCGCCCAUAGAGUACCAGAGAAGGGAGAGCAAGAGCAACAGUUUGGGCCGUAGCAUGAAGCCUCCUCUUUCAGCAGCGGUUGGUCUGAGGCCCCACUCCUCAGCUUCUAUCGACCGACACAAACUGCCCUGUCUGCGCUCCUGUAACACAUCUUUGCCCUCUCUCUACCUGCCCAGCCAGGUCCCCACUGAUGACCACUCACAGCCAGAGUCAACACAAGUCCAGCGCUGUCCUGUGGACUCCAGACUGAAUUCCCAGACGGUGUCUCCAACUCAUGUGCAGCUGGCCUUCUCUGAAGAGCCGUCAUUCUCCCAGGCACCUCUAAACUACCAGGCGGUCUCCAACGGCCUGUGUUCCUCUAGCACGCAAGCCUCACAGAGCUCAGGAGAUGUUGGCCGCAGAUCUUCACCGAGAGAGGGACGCAUAGCUGUUCCAAGUCCCUCCUCCACCCUUCAGCGCUCCAGUAACUUGGCCCAGCUCGAUGAGGAUGACCUGUGAAUGGAAAUGACCCUGAAUCUGACAUUUGCACCAGAGCAUGCCACAGUCUGGACUUUAUUCACGUCUGUUAUCUUGUGGUAUUCUUCCUAAACCUGUGGCGCGAAUUACCUAGUGACUUUUUAAAUUGUUUUAUAUAAUUUCUCCUUUUUUUUGUUGUUGUUGUCUUUUAUUAAAAUUGUGUUUUGUUCAAAGGAGAAUCAACCAUUCCUAUAUUGGGAGGUCACUGGAGCAGGAACCAGAGUAAACCUUUAUUUGAGGGUGUGAGGAUGCAUUUGGGCAAGCGUGCAUGUAAUGUAUGAAUGUGUAUUUGUGUGCUAAAUUCUGAUGGCUUCAUCCUUGCAAACAUGCUGAACAUUUUCCAUCAGAUGUGUUUUGCAAAGAACAUACUGUAUUAUUAUAAACAUAAGAGGGUCCUUAGUGGGCUCACGCUGGAUUUUAAAGGUUUCGCACUAUCGGUGCCUCUUUACAGAAGCUGUCUUUCUAUCUCCCGUCUAUAUUGAAUGCUUUUGUGGGCUGCGUUAACUCUUCUGAAGGAGCUAAGGGGAAACAGACUGUAAAUGCAGCUAAUUUGUAUAUACCGUAUAUAGAAGAAUGAUCUGUGCAUGGAGACACGGACACUUGGCUUUCUCUUCGCUAAUUGGAUGUUUGAAUUCUCGAAGAUCAAUCAACUCCGUUGUAGUGGACAAUGAGCGACGCGGAGCUUCGCGUUCAGACUUCACAACUACAGGUGGACAUGAGAUCACACACAACGAGCAUCUGGAGGAACUGCUCAAGGGUUGGACUGAAAGAUGGACAGCAGUUGUUACGGCAGAAGAACAUGCAGUAUAAAAGCAGUUAUCUGUGGUUAAAUGACUCUUUUUUGGCUUCUGCCACCCCUCCUUGUGUAAUGCACACUGCCUGGAUUACUCUGCAGGUCUUGUCAUGCAAAUUGAGGUUGCUGAAUUAGUAGAUAUUAUUAUUAUUAUAUAACUUAAUGAAGGCCAAAGGUAAAUUGUCAUGUCAUUAUGUGCCAAAAGUAGGUGCCAGUUCCCUUUACACAAAAAUGAAUGAAAUAUUAAGCCUAAAAUGUAAUUCAGUUCAUUUAUUGGCCAUUUGAAAACAAGCUAAAACACUUGCUUAAUUUUUAGGAAAAUGUUCUCAUAAAAAUUAGGGAAAAGGAUAAAGAUGUCAGAUUUUAUUUUCCCAAUUUUUUUUUUUUGUGUGUUUUGUUUAGUUGUUUUAUUGUUCUUUUUAAAGCAAAGUAUUUGUUAAUGACAAACAAAAUAAUUAGUUAGAAAGAGGAUUGACAUUGUUAAUCGAGUCUGAAACAUAUAGUUUGUCAUAAAAUGUUAGAUGUCUCACCAAAGAAGGGAUGGUAUGUGUUUGGUAUUUGAUGUUGAAGCAUGAUCAAAAAGCACUUUCACUCCGUUUAGCUCAUUGCACAUUCUUUCCAACAGAGGGUGCCAGAGGACUUCAGCGCUGUAUACACAAACAAUAAGUCUUUUCCACAGAUCAGUUUAAAACAUCAAAUUCAAAACUCUGCACCAAAGCUCAUGUGCUUUACUGUCGGCAUGUUUCAGAUGCAUUCGCAUAAAUAUCCUUAAAAUGAUUGUAACAACCUUCUCUUGCCUUGACGUAAUAUUUAAAUCAGCAGAAAUCAAAUAAUUUGACUUAGCCCUGUAUAAACUGAAAGCUUUCUUGUACUGCCUUUCCACAAACGUGGAUUUGAAUCUUACAUUGUUGCAUGCUAUUUUAAAGAACACCUCUAAAUGAUGAAGGAAAUGAUGUAGAGAAAGAAUUGGACAUGAUCUAUGUCUAUGUGACAAAACCUAUCAUUGUAUUAUAUCAAAUUAAACUGGUUCCUUUUGGAACACAAGAGUGUUUUG